GUGGAGUAAAAGGAAAUCAAUUUCUGUAUCGUCUCUUCAAUACUAUGAAUUUGAGAUAGUGAAUUCAGCUCUACAGGCUAUAGCUAUGGGGAUCUCGUUUAAGGUUUCUAAAACCGGCAGGCGGUUUCGCCCGAAACCGGUGCUGUCGAACGCCGUCGUUUUACGCGCCAACGAUGAAUAUUUGAACGAUGCGCCGAUUGCUGCAUCGAAGCAGAAAGCUAAUGUUAUUGCGUUGUCUGCUGCUCGGAAGCUGGGAGAUGACAUGGGGAAUAAGGGAAUAUCUAAAAUUGGCGAGAAUGAAGUUUCGUUCAUUCUUAAGCUUUUUCCGGAUGGAUAUUCAAUUGGGAAAGCUGUUGAGAAUGAAUCUGGGAAUCAGACAUCAAUCGAUGUACCAAAGCUCUUGCAUCCAUAUGAUAGAACAUCCGAGGGUCUAUUUUCGGCGAUUGAAUCUGGUCGAUUUCCUGGAGAUAUUCUGGAUGAUAUACCAUGCAAAUAUAUUGAUGGGACACUUGUCUGUGAAGUGCGAGAUUAUCGAAAGUGCUUUGCUGGAGGAGUUCAUUUGGCUUCUGGUGAAAGCUCAGCUGCAAUUAACAGAGUGUCUCUUAAAAUGACACUCGAAAAUAUAGUGAAGGAUAUUCCAUCUAUUUCAGAGAAUGGUUGGACAUAUGGCGAUCUGAUGGAAGUGGAGUCUAGAAUCUUGAAAGCUACACAACCACAACUUUGCUUAGAUCCAUCCCCACAACUAGACAAACUAUCUGAAGAUCCAGUUCAAAAUAAGUUAAAUUUAGAACCACACAGCAUGCGAAGGAAAAGAUUGAGGCAGAUUUCUGAAGCGAAUAACCAUGGAAAGAAAGCAAGUCCAGGUAGAGUUUUGGAAAGUUCUAGGUUGGGAGACACAGUAACUUUAAUGCAGCAACCUUCCUAUGAGAAUACAAACAGUCAAAAUAAUGUUCCAAGUGCUAUGCUUCAACUGAGAAGCAAUAGCUUUGGGUCGGAUGGCUCUCUUCUGCCUUCACCUAUGGCAUCUCACCAGCCAAAAUAUAGUGGUGGUGGAAGCCCAAGAAUGAUGAACGAUCAGCGGACAGGAGCACUUUUGAAUGCAUCGGUAGGUUCUCCUGGUGGGCAGGGCAUGAUGAUCUCAUCCGUUGAUAACACUUCGGCUUCUCUUCAUGGAAAGAGGGAUAAUCAAGAUGGGAAGCCAUAUCUGGUGACCAACAAGAAGGCUAGACUUACACAUACAGGGGCUAAGGGGAAUAUACAUCAUUUAGGUUCACAGAUGGAUACUUCACAUGGUUCUGAACUGCACUGGAAUAACACAUUAACGCAGCAGCAGUCAAUUGGAAGAGAAAUGCAGUAUACUGACAAUGGCAUGCAAAAGUUCCCUCAGCAGUUAUUUGAAGGGGUCCAAAAUCAGGUAGGAGGGCCUGAUGGUCGUGUGACCAUGGGAGAAAUAGAAUUGGCAAAUAUUGACUCCCAGCAGUCACAGUUGCAACAAAAGAUGCCACAUCAGAUGACGAGAUCCGGCUUCCCGCAAUCUCCUUUGAACAAUCUUGGACAGCCUCUUGAUAAUAACUCCAGAAAGGAGGACCCUUUCCAGAAGAGAAAAUUGGUUCAGAGUCCUCGUGUUUCUGGUGGUGGCCUACCUCAAUCUCCUUUGUCAACAAGAUCUGGGGAAUUUUCUAGUGGUUCUAUGGGGCAUCAAUUUGGAGCUGCUGUAACUAGUAGGCUUGUAUCACAAAAGGAUAAAACUGCAGUCACAUCUGUUGGCGUUGGUGGCAACCCGUCUUUCACUUCAAGUGCUAAUGACUCUGUGCUGAGGCAACAUCACGCACAGGCAGCUGCAAAACGCAGAUCUAAUUCUCUUCCUAAGACUCCUGCAAUAAAUGAGGCUGGAUCUCCAGCAAAUGUUGGCAAUAUUAGCAUCCCAAUAAAUGCAAGCUGCCCUCCUGUUGGAAGCCAGGCAUUGGGUGAUCAGACCACGGAGAGAUUCUCGAAGAUAGAAACAGUAGCUAUGAGGUAUCAACUUAAUUGCAAAAAGGGUAAGGACGAUGAGUAUCUUAUGAGCAAGUCUAGCACGUAUUCAACUCAACAGCUGGUGUCUCAUUUGUCGAGUGAUUCAAACAAUGAGAAUUUGAAAGAUAAAACGGGUCAAAUGCCACUGUCAAAGUCCCUGGUUGGUGGCAGCAUGGAUGUUUGCAGGACCAGGAGUUUGAACUUCAUUCAGACAGUGCAGAUUCUUCAAGGUAAUACCUUCCAAGUUGUUCCAAACUCCAGAACUACGAUGAUCAUGUUGGAGAAACCAGAUGAUGGUGCAGUUGUAAUUCAUAUAGGGGAAAUAGAGGGUGCUGAAUACUUGGCCGCAGAGAAUUACCUUCCAACAUUGCCAAAUCCUCAUAUGGCCGACCUACUUGCAGUGCAGUAUGCUAAACUGAUGAUUCGGGAAGGUUAUUACAUGGAGGAUCGCGUUCAACCAGAAACUGUUCGGAUGAAUCCUAACUCACGGACCCAGUCAAAUACUCCGAGAAUUUCUCCCACUAGUGCAGCACCUGAGAUGCAGCAGUUUCUUGAAGGUGUUCUGUUGCAACAAUCGAGCGAUGCUGCAAAACCUAGUAAUAGUGGUAAUUCAACCUCAUUGCAGAACCUACAAGGCCAUAGGAUGCUGCCUCCAGGCAAUACUCAGGCGAUUCAAAUGUCUCAAGGACUUCUACCUGGGAUUUCAGUGUCUUCAAGGCCUCAGCAACCCGAACAACUGCCGCGUAUGCAACAGCAACCUCAAAAGCCACAGCAGCAUCCCCAGUCUCAAAGGAUGCUCGCAAUGAACCCGAUGCAGAAUCCUAAUCAUGUAGCUCAGAAUGCUAAUAUGCAGUUGCGGCCUCAAACGACAAACAAGACUACAGCUCCCGAACAACUGCCGCCUAAGCAACAGCAACCUCGACAGCCACAGCAGCAUCCUCAAGUCCAAAGGAUGCUCUCAACAAACCCGAUGCAGAAUCCGAAUAAUGUAGCUCAGAAUGCUAAGACUACAGCUCCUCAGUUUCAGCUGUCGCAACAGCAGCAACCAUCGCAACUUCUUCAGCCGCAGCAGCAGUCAACAAUGCAGAGAAAAAUGAUGCCUGGCCUUGGAAAUGUCAGCGUUGGCGAUAUUAGCAGUAAUAUGGUGGGGCCUGGAGGUGGAGGUUUGGGUUAUGCCACGGGAAUUGGUGGGGCUAGGGGUGUGAGUGGAUCCGGCAUUUCUGCGCUGAUGGGCUCUGUGCCAAACAUAGGAAACAUGAAUCAGAACCCGAUGAAUCUGACUUCAGCUGCAAAACUUACUAAUGCCACUAGAUCCGGGAUGCUCACUCCGAAGCAAGCUGCUUACAUCAAAAAGACGAUGGGAAAGCAAAACCGAGUGAAUAUGUUGGGGAACCCGCAAUCGAGCAUUGGAGGCAUACCCGGAGCUAGACAGAUGCAUCCAGGAUCUGGUGUUUCCAUGCUCUGCCCGGGUGCUCUAAACCGAGCCAAUACGGGCCAGAUGAAACGUGCAACUAGACCUAAGGUACCAGGAAUGAUUCUUUACAAGAACCAGCAGAAGCAACAACACCACCAACACCAGCUUCAGCAGCCUCAACAGCAGCUGCAGCAGUUACAACAACAGCAGCAGCAACGACAACAACACCAGCCUCAGCAGCAGCUGCAGCAGCCUCAACAGCAGCAGCAGCAGCAGCAACACCAGCUUCAGAAGCCUCAACAGCAGCUGCAGCAGUUACAACAACAACAGCAGCAGCAACAACAAAUGCAACAACAGCAACAACUACAGCAGCAUCCACAACCACAGCAGCAAGAAACAACUUCACCAUUGCAAGCUGUCAUUUUGCCUCCACAUGUCGGAUCACCUCCAAGCGUGGGGAUACCCCACCAAAUGAAUAAGCAACAGUCCCAGAAAACGAGUCAGAGAACUCCAAUGAGCCCACAACUGAGUUCAGGGGCCAUUCAUCCGAUGGGUGCUGGCAGUUCAGAAGCCUGUCCACUAGUCCUCAGUUGAGCUCGCACACCAUGGGCUCAGUCGCUAGUAUCGCAAACUCUCCAAUGGAGCUGCAGGGUGUAAAAAAAAAAGUAACUCUGUCAAUAAUACGUAGUGCUGAUGAGUUCCUUCCGGUCAGGCUUGGCUGUGAACCAGGAAAUGCGUAUAUAUAGUUGGACCAGAUUAGAAGUUGAAACUGACCCGAGAAGCAUUAAUGAUUGUUUUGAGGCAGGUCACCGAAUAAAACGUAAAAUGAAGAAGCCCUUUCAGUGGGAAAGAGUACAUAAUUCAUUUCCUUCUUCAAAGUCGGACAGUAGUAAUUACUGAUACUGAUGUUGUGAAGCUAGGAGAUACUACAUUGUCCUUUGUUGGAUUAGGUUUAUUUAUUGUUAAGUUAGCAUACAUAGCUUGGUUUAAGCUCUCUUCCUUUCUCAGUUCCUCAAAUGCACCAGGAUGAAUUAGGCAUUGCUAUCUAUAUAGAAGAUUCCUCAAAACUAUAAAGGUGUAGAUGAAACAGUGUUUUACACAUGCACUUUGAUUCAGCUGCAUCUUUAAGAUCACAGCUGCACGUGUUAGAUCAUGAAUUAUUAACUGCA